CUCAUUUUUCGUUUUGGUUGGAGUUGAUUUGUUGCAACGGCUGGGCAACAAAACAAAGAUGAAGCUCUUCAAGUCCUUUAGUAGAACUACUAUCACUACUAGAAGUAGUCUUCUACCUUGGCCUUUUGGUAUUAUCUUACUGGCAACCUUGCAGAUUGGUUCCACUUUGGCGUUCUCCAGAAGAUACCCUUCCAUUCCCGCGCAUCUUGACCAAUGCCAAACACUAUUAUCCACCAGAGUUCAUCCAUUUCCCACGCAUCCCAAAUGCAGACCACCACUACUUUCCACUGCUUCCGAUGCACUCUUGGAGGCCAUCCAAUCUGAUCCUCAAGAUGAAGCUCAAAUAGCAUCUUGUAUAGAAGACCUGGAAGCAGCCAAUCCACUGCCCCCAAUAGAAGAAGAUGCCAAAAAGGAGGAUUUCGAUCCCCUCCUGGGACUCUACGAGGUUUCUUUUGUCAAAACCAAGCGACCCAAGGAUAACCCUGUGGGUGGAAAAUGGACUCGAAAAACUGGAAUUGCUCAAAAGCUACUACGGACGAGACGAUCCUUUCAACAUUUGGUACCCACCAAUUCGACUGGUCUAACCAAGACGUUUUCGGCAGUGGGGGAGGCCAUCAAUGUCAUUUCCUUGGAAGCUUUUGCGGGGAUUCUACGUAUUUCGGUCAUUCUGAGAGGUGAUGCCAUACCACUAACUCUGGCAGAACGAUCCAACACAACGCGGGUCGUUCAACCGUUGACACCCCUGGCGGUCAAGGCCUUGUUUGAUUCUCCUCGCAUUUUCAUUGGCAGAACAGGACGAAUUGCACUCAGCGUUGGACCCAAAACUAGUGUCCUACUGGAUUGCUUGUUUUGUGAUGACAACAUUAGACUGGGAAUGGGAGGAACGUCGGGAAGCCGAUUUGUCUUCAAGAGAUGCUCGUCAGAUGAUGAAGAAGCCAAUGAGUUUCAGGCGUUGCUGCAGAAACCUUUGCCAAAAAGGUACAAGUCGUUUCUCAGUUUAGGAGGAAUUGCUGCACUGGGCGUAUUGGGAGUGGCUCGUGGAUUCUUGAGAAUCCUCAGUGGGACUGUAGCUGCCAUUGCACUCAGCAUGGCGGCGCUGAUUGCCUUUUCGGGCGGUGGCAUUGAGCAAGGCGACAUGGGAGUUACCAUGGCCAAAGAAGAAAAAGCCAAGGCUAACUGACUGAACCAAAAAAAUUCAAUGGUUUCGUUGGAGGAGAGAAUAUGGACUUGCUAAACGACAAAGCGCCUACUCAGAAAUUCAGGUAUUAGGCACUUCCGAAAGACCUUUAGGGUGAUUGGGAGCUCUGUUCUCUCCUAAAAGCCAUGACCCAGGGAUAUCCCAGUGCUUCUCGUCCAAACUAGUUUGGAAUUGGGUCUCUGAUGCAAGAAAGCUGAGCGAAGAGGCAAUAGACCAUACAUCUAGCAAUCAACACCGUAAGCACUGCCGGACGUAACCAACCAGCUUGAUACAUACAUAUACGUAUUCUGCUUUCAGUCUUGUUCUCUAGAGU